GGGCGCCCGGUCACGUUUCUGCCUGUAUGAAGUCGGUGCCGGGCUGCGCCGCGCCGGGCGGAUGCGAGGUGUGCGGAAUAUCUUGAUGACCCUUUCAUAUUUGGAAAGCCUGAGUGUUCAUUAAGGUGUGACUUCAUUUCUCUUCAGAGAGUCUGCUUGGUUGGGAUCUGUAAUACAGGUGUGUUCCCUAAAACAGGUGGUUUGUUUUUUUUUCCUAACUCUGAAGUUGUCUGUGCUUGCAAUAGACACAUCUCAGUAUCAAAGGAGACACUACUAAGCUUUAUAUUCUUUGUAUACUGUCAGUUCAGACUUUCUGUGGAAAAGACCUUAGGUAGAUGAACUCACUCAGUCAGUUGCACAUUUCCUCUGAUUAAUAUUAGAACACCAGAAGAUUAGAUUUAACUGUUUCUGAAAAUCUUUGGUUUGAAUGAUUUCUGUUUAGUUUCAGAUGAAACUCCUCCUGAUAUAGCUCUGUCUUAGCUCUCAGUUAAAUUGUAGGUAGGUACAUGAUGAGAAUUUUAAGUAGUUACAAGAGUUUUUUUUUCUUAGUAUCUUCUCAUGUGCAUAAGUAGGUUUAACUGACAUAAGCAAUCAAAAUAGUUUGUGCUCCUAUUGUUAAUAUCCACUUCAAACCUAUACUUUAAACCCAAUUUUUCCCCUCUGUGAAAAUAUCAUGAAGCUUGUCAAACUAGAGAGUAGCUAUGUCCUUUCAUAAAUAGGCAAAUUAUUGUGCAUUUCUUGUAGAUCUUGCUAUUAGUGGAGGUAGAAACUUCAAGGAAAUAUGCCUUUCAGGGAGGUGAGUUAGUUGUGAGGAAACUGGAAGAACUGUCUUUUAAACCAGGAUUUAACUAGUGUUGGAAGACAUUCCACAUCUUCAGUAUUGAUGCUAAAAAUGACAAAAUCUGAAAGUAGCUGUAGUUAAAGCUUUCUCACACUUGGCCAGAAAUACUGAGCUUGUUUAAAUCCUGUUUUAUCAAUAUAUAAUAACGGUAGAGGCACAGCCUUUAAAGAACUAACACACAGAUUUGUACUGUAAUCUGAGACUUGCAGAACACUCAUCAGCUUUGUGGCAUUAUGCAGAAUGGAAUAUUGUGAAUAAAUUCUUCCUUAAGUCUGGCCAACGCAAAUGCACUUCUAGCAGUUGGUAGUUGUGUAAUGUUUUAAAUUAAGGCAUUAUUAAUGUGGCUGCAUGCCAAAACAGUUAGUUUGGGAUUUGAACACCAUUCCAAACAUUCCUUCUGCAUAUUCAAAUGAAGUACUUGGUGAUGUAAUUGUUUAAAGCACAAAUGUUGCCUUUUUGAACUUCUACUUUUUAUGCUAUUUCGUGUUAAAUGAUGGUGCUCUGUACCAACGCACUUAGUUUACUACAUCUAAUAGAACAGCUUUCAGAUUUUCUUUUUCCCGACAAAGUUCCUAGGAUCUUUCUGAGGAAAGUAAUUUUCUUAGGAGGAAUAAUAGUCUUGAUGAACUUUGCUAGUACAGACUUCUUUGUGAACAUAAGGAAACACUUCUCUGUUAUGGGGGCCAUUGAACCCUGGAACAGGUUGCCCUGGGAGGUUGUGGAGUCCAUCCUUGGAAAUGCUCUGAAGCCAUCUGGAUAUGGUCAUGUGUAACUGGCUUUAGGUGACCCUGCUUGAGCAGGGGAUUGGACCAGAUUACCAACAGGGACUCCUUCCAGCCCCAAGAGUUCUGUAACUUGCAGUUUGCAUGCUGCCUAAAACAAAUGCUUAUAGCAAGCCUACAGAGGUUGAGAUGAAAUUAGAUUUAUUAGAUCAGAUCUUAAAAGUGGGUAAAAAUCAACUUCUUAGCACAUGGAGGUUCUGUUGAAAACACUGGGCAUUUUCCUCUGUCUUCUACAGGAGAAUUUAGUCCUUUGUGGCUGCAUCAGCCUGUGUAGGCCUUAGCAUAUGUAGUAGGACGCCAUACUGGUAGUGAAUCAGAAGUCAGUGCAGAGAUGAAAGCUUAUUUAGUGUGGAAGGUUCUGUUAUUUUCUAGCUUUAUGAGGCCUUACACUAGGAUAAAAAUGUUAUAAAUGCAAAUUUAUAUCUUAAUUCCUCUGCUGGAUGACAGUUUCAUGUUUAACCAAUAUUUAUCUGCAUAGGAAUGGCAUAACUGUGAGCAUCUCUCUGGUAUCUGUUUGAAGAGGACACUGUUGGGGGGCCCAGGUAUUUCUUUUAUAUUUUAUAGUUGUAGAGGUGUCCGGACUCUGUAAUGGUCAAAGAUUUCCAGUAGAAGAGGAUGAGACAAGAACUGAAUGCAUGUGGGAGACUCUGGACCUAGGCGCUUCAUGCUUUUGAUGCUAGCUGGGAGGGAACUUGAUAAACGUUUUCACAAACUUUUCAUAGGAAAAAACAGAUAUCUUGCAUAUUUCUUUGGCCAAAGGAGAAGAAGUGCAGUUUUUUCUUCUGAAAAAUUUGAAAUAAAUGUAGAAUGUCUGGAAAAACAGCCAUUAAAAGGAUUUGUGGGUCUGUACUUCCAGACAGAAUCUUUACAGACAGAAAAUUCUGAAUAUGGCUUGACUUGAUCUUGGCAGUGUUUCUAAUGAGUGUCCCAUGGACUGUAUCGAGGUCAGGGGGUUCUACUCUAGCACUGAGGAGCAGAACCCUGAGCAGCAAGCUGAUAUCAGUGAAAACAUUUCUUCAUUGUUCUCUUUAAAAGAGCAACAGAAAAUGAGUGAGUAUUCUGGACUUGCAAGUAACCAUAGCCAGAUGAUUGCUGAAGAUUCUGAAAUUCAGCCAAAACCUGAACACUCUCCCGAAGUCCUUCAGGAAGAUAUGGAGAUGAGCAGCGGAUCCAGUGGAAAUGACUUCAGUGGAAAUGAGACGAAUGAAAACUACUCCAGUGGACAUGAUUCUCAUGGCCACGAAUCUGAUGAAAAUGGGAAAGAUUCAGCAAUGCUCAUGGAAUCUUCAGACUGUCAUAAAAGUUCAAGCUCAAAUGCAUUUAGUCUGAUGAUUGCAAACUCUGAACACAAUCAGUCUAGCAGUGGAUGCAGCAGCGAGCAGUCUACUAAAGCCAAAACGCAAAAGGAAUUGUUGAAGACAUUGCAAGAGCUGAAAGCUCACCUUCCUGCUGAAAAAAGAAUUAAAGGCAAAUCCAGUGUCCUAACAACACUGAAAUAUGCCCUUAAAAGCAUUAAACAAGUUAAAGCCAAUGAGGAAUAUUACCAAUUGUUGAUGAUUAAUGAAUCCCAGCCUUCUGGACUCAAUGUGUCAUCUUAUACAGUGGAAGAAGUUGAGACUAUAACCUCAGAAUACAUCAUGAAAAAUGCAGAUAUGUUUGCUGUAGCUGUUUCUUUGAUUACUGGGAAAAUUGUGUACAUCUCUGAUCAAGCUGCUGCUAUUCUGCGCUGUAAGAGGAGUUAUUUUAAAAAUGCCAAAUUUGUGGAGUUAUUGGCACCUCAAGAUGUCAGUGUUUUCUAUACUUCCACUACCCCAUACAGAUUACCAUCUUGGAAUAUUUGCAGCAGAGCUGAGUCUUCCACCCAGGAUUGCAUGGAAGAGAAAUCCUUUUUCUGUCGCAUCAGUGCAGGAAAGGAGCGUGAAAAUGAGAUUUGCUAUCACCCAUUUCGGAUGACUCCUUACCUUAUCAAAGUACAAGAUCCAGAAGUAGCAGAGGACCAACUUUGUUGUGUGCUCCUUGCAGAAAAAGUGCACUCGGGUUAUGAAGCACCCAGAAUUCCUCCAGACAAAAGAAUUUUUACAACAACACACACACCAACCUGUUUGUUCCAGGAUGUAGAUGAGAGAGCUGUACCUCUGUUGGGAUACCUACCUCAGGACUUAAUAGGAACGCCUGUUUUGGUGCAUCUUCACCCAAAUGACAGACCCUUAAUGCUAGCAAUUCACAAAAAAAUACUUCAAUAUGGAGGACAGCCUUUUGACUAUUCACCAAUCAGGUUUUGCACUAGAAAUGGAGAUUAUAUAACCAUGGACACUAGCUGGUCCAGUUUCAUCAAUCCUUGGAGUCGAAAGGUUUCAUUUAUCAUUGGAAGACACAAAGUUAGGACGGGUCCCUUAAAUGAAGAUGUUUUUGCCGCUCCCAACUAUACGGAGGACAGAAUCCUUCACCCCAGUGUUCAGGAGAUCACAGAGCAAAUAUAUCGGCUGUUACUACAGCCUGUACACAACAGUGGAUCCAGUGGCUAUGGAAGUCUAGGUAGCAAUGGCUCACACGAACACUUAAUGAGUGUGGCAUCCUCCAGUGACAGCACAGGAAAUAAUAAUGAUGACACACAAAAGGAUAAAACAAUAAGUCAAGAUGCCCGUAAGGUCAAAACUAAAGGACAGCAUAUUUUCACUGAGAAUAAAGGAAAACUGGAAUAUAAAAGAGAGCCUUCUGCAGAAAAACAAAAUGGUCCUGGUGGUCAGGUGAAAGAUGUGAUAGGAAAGGAUACCACAGCUACAGCUGCUCCUAAAAAUGUGGCUACUGAAGAGUUGGCAUGGAAAGAACAACCUGUAUAUUCUUAUCAACAGAUUAGCUGCUUGGAUAGUGUCAUCAGAUACUUGGAGAGUUGUAAUGUGCCUGGUACAGCAAAAAGAAAAUGUGAACCUUCAUCAAGUGUGAAUUCUAGUGUUCACGAGCAAAAAGCAUCUGUUAAUGCUAUACAACCCUUAGGAGACUCUACUGUGUUGAAGUCAUCUGGUAAAUCAAGUGGUCCCCCAGUAGUUGGUGCUCACUUAACUUCUUUGGCCUUACCUGGCAAGCCUGAAAGUGUUGUAUCGCUCACCAGUCAGUGCAGCUACAGUAGCACCAUUGUUCAUGUUGGAGACAAAAAACCACAACCUGAAUUAGAAAUGAUAGAAGAUGGUCCAAGUGGAGCAGAAGUCUUAGAUACUCAACUUCCUGCCCCUCCACCCAGCUCUACGCAUGUAAAUCAGGAAAAGGAGUCAUUUAAAAAACUGGGACUUACAAAGGAAGUCCUUGCAGUGCAUACACAAAAAGAAGAGCAAAGCUUUUUGAAUAAGUUCAAAGAAAUCAAGAGAUUCAAUAUUUUCCAGUCCCACUGCAAUUACUACUUACAAGAUAAACCUAAAGGAAGGCCUGGUGAACGUGGUGGCCGCGGACAACGAAAUGGAACUUCUGGAAUGGAUCAGCCUUGGAAGAAAAGUGGGAAAAACAGGAAAUCAAAACGCAUUAAACCACAGGAGUCUUCAGACAGUACAACUUCUGGAACUAAAUUCCCCCAUCGCUUUCCUCUUCAGGGUUUAAAUACUACCGCUUGGUCACCGUCAGACACUUCACAAGCAAGUUACUCAGCGAUGUCUUUUCCAACUGUUAUGCCUGCAUAUCCGCUUCCUGUUUUUCCAGCAGCAGCAGGGACUGUGCCACCAGCUCCUGAGACUUCAGUCUCUGGUUUUAAUCAGCUGCCAGACUCGGGAAAUACUUGCUCUAUGCAACCAUCCCAGUUUUCUGCCCCUCUUAUGACACCCGUUGUAGCUCUUGUGCUCCCCAACUAUGUCUACCCAGAAAUGAACAAUAGCUUACCUCAAACACUUUACCACAGCCAAGCCAAUUUUCCCACCCAUCCUGCUUUCUCUUCACAGACAGUAUUUCCAGCGCAGCCUCCAUUCACUACCCCUAGCCCUUUCCCACAACAGGCGUUUUUUCCAACGCAACCAUUCCAUUAUAAUCCACCAGCAGAAAUUGAAAAGGUUCCUGUCACAGAGACACGAAACGAGCCAUCCCGUUCCUGCACUCCACAGUCAGUGGGUCCUCAAGACCAGGCUUCACCGCCUUUGUUCCAAUCAAGGUGUAGUUCUCCUCUGAAUCUUCUACAGUUGGAAGAAAACACAAAAACUGUGGAAAGUGGAGCUCCUGCAGGUUUGCAUGGAGCUUUAAAUGAGGAAGGAACCAUAGGCAAAAUCAUGACAACUGAUGCUGGUAGUGGAAAGGGAUCCCUACCAGCUGAGUCUCCAAUGGAUGCUCAAAAUAGCGAUGCACUCUCCAUGUCCAGUGUCCUGCUUGACAUUUUACUUCAAGAAGAUGCAUGCUCAGGCACUGGCUCAGCUUCCUCAGGGAGCGGUGUAUCUGCAGCUGCUGAAUCUCUCGGGUCUGGAUCUAACGGCUGUGACAUGUCAGGGAGCAGAACAGGCAGUAGUGAAACUAGUCAUACCAGCAAAUACUUUGGGAGUAUCGAUUCUUCAGAAAACCAUCAUAAAACAAAAAUGAAGGCAGAAAUAGAAGAAAGUGAGCACUUCAUUAAAUAUGUUCUUCAGGAUCCUAUAUGGCUUUUGAUGGCAAACACAGAUGACACCGUUAUGAUGACUUAUCAGUUACCCUCUAGAGAUUUGGAAACAGUUUUAAAAGAAGAUAAGCUGAAACUAAAGCAAAUGCAGAAACUACAACCAAAAUUUACUGAAGACCAAAAAAGAGAGCUUAUUGAAGUUCAUCCAUGGAUCCAGCAAGGUGGACUGCCAAAGACUGUUGCUAACUCUGAAUGUAUUUUUUGUGAGGACAAUAUACAGAGCAAUUUUUAUACAUCGUACGAUGAAGAAAUCCAUGAAAUGGACCUUAAUGAAAUGAUUGAAGACAGUGGGGAGAACAAUUUGGUUCCUCUGAGUCAAGUCAAUGAAGAACAAACAUAGCCUUUGAGCCUGUUGCUUUUAAAGCUGCUUCAAAAUUACAGUGAUGAUCCGUUAAGGUUUUAAUCUUGUUUCCAGCAAGAUGAAUCUGGUUCAUAAAACGUUUUUCUCACUCUAGAAGAGUCAUUUGUGAAAGAAUCUCUUUUUAAAUGGUGGCAAUCUCUUCCCAGUAAGGACAUUGUUGAAGAUGGUAUAGCUUUUAUUUAAAGAAAGACUCAUGUUUUGCACUUAUGCCUCAAGUAUUUCUUUGUAAACUAUAAAAGCUUUCAUUGAUGCCUACUGAGUGGGUCAGUGAGUACUGUGAGUACUGAAAAUCCCCUUGUAAACAUACAGUUCUUCAAAUCUUUGAGUAAUGGUACAGCAUUAUAAAUUGUUCUAGGAAUCUUGCUUGGAAGCUCUUUAGCAUUGCUCUUAAUAUUUGAAGUGGUCCAGCAUAGUAGAAUAACCUUCAAGAAAAUCAGUUCACACUUGCCCUUUUCAUACCAGUUGACCCAUCCUCUUUGUUUCCUAUAGUUUUGACUAUAGGAACUUUUUGCCUAAGAGAAAUGUUUAACUAAUUUUGUAAGAUGAUCUUGGGUUAAAGUACUUACAUGGAUAAGAAAGAGUAGGUGAGUGCUGACAACUCUGUAGCCUUUUGUUUCAAUGGACACUGCAAUUCUAUGAACUGCUUAUUAUCUUGAAGCAUGAUUUCUGAGAAUUUAUACGCAGAAAAUCUCUGCUAAAAAAUUUAAAAACACACAGGAUGACUGUGUGUGCUCCAGUGACUGAGACAAAAUGUGCUGUAACUUUAACCUUUAUUUUUGUCUGUUCCGUUGGGAUGUUGGCCGUCCAUUUGUCUGUUUGACUAAGCAAACAUCAAACUUGCAUGUGGCAAGAGAGGAUUAUACAUUUCUCAUAAUUGGAAGAUAUUUCUUACAAAAAGAGAUUUUGAGAAUACCAUUGACUUUCACAAAUUACAUGAUCUAACACUUGUUGUGGCUGGAGUCCUUUCCUGUCAAGGAUUUAACUUUAAUGCCUCAGCGAUUGUAUCAACUUGAAUAUGUGUACUUUGUCCUUGCGUUGUUUGUACAUGUUGGAUGUGGGAAGAGAACAAAAGAGAGUAACUAUCAAUUAGUUAGAAGAAAUCUAGUUGCAGCAUUGCUAGAUGUCAGCUUGUAGGUCUUGGGGGUCAAAGAUGUGGAGAAACUCAAUUAACUUUGCUAUGUUUGUCUUAAAAUAUUUUUCAUGGAAGACUUUUUCUUUUCUUUUUUUUAAUAUUAGAUAACAUUUCUAUUCACUGAAAUUUAAAGUUAUUUUCAUUACGUAGAAAUGUUUCUCUUUACAUACGAAGAGGACAUGAAAGUAGAUCUGGCACCACCAAAAACAUGCUGAAGCGACUGGUAUUUGCUUAGUGGAAGAAAUGUGUGAAUUAAUAAUUAAUUGGACAUCAUCAUAAGCAAACUUGCAAUGGAGACAGGUUCUUCAGUUAGAGUGAAGUUACAGAGCAAGUAGAAUCACUACUUCAGAAGUGAGUAUCUUAAACAUAGUGUGAAACACUCAUCAGUAUGAUCUGAUUCCUGUCUUUAACAGUUCUGCAAGAUCAAACUUCAGUAGAUGUAUAUAAACUGAAUGAGAAACAUUAAAAUGUUGGUGUUCAAGUCCAAUAUAUUAAAUGUUUCAAUCAUAAAUGGAACAGUGCAGCUAUACCAGCAUAUUACAUAUUCCUUUUUUGUUUUUUUAUUACAUGUAAACACAAAUAGUUUUAAUUGGACCAGGGUUUGGGAAAAAUAAAAGCUUUAUAUAUAAAGGAGUGCAUCAUUAUUAAACAAAUUAUUUUCAGGGACUUCUCAACCACUUUGUGAACUUCUUUGCUUUAGCAUGCUUUUUUGUUGUUGUGUUCUUUUUUUUUUCUUUUUUGUUCUCAUUUCUUUUUUUUCUUUUUCAACGACCAUCUUGUAAGCAUAACUUAGUGAAAGGAAGAGAAAAGUAUAUUUAGAGCAUUUUGUGGAUGUGCUUAAUUACGGUCUUAUUCUUGCAUCCUUAAAGUGUUUGCAUUUACAGGGUGGUAUUAAAUAUUUUCCUGUAACUUUAAAUCUACAUGCCUCCAUUUAUAGAUAAGAUUCUGAAGCUGUAAUUUUUCCAAGCUGUUGUAAGAUGAUUUAUUUGUGAUGACACUUUGUCAACAUGUCAACAAUGGUUUCUGUACACUGUGCAAUAUAUUUUGGUUUUGCCACUUGUGACUAAUUUUUAUGACUUUGCUUUUUAGAAAACUGGUAAAUAAAACAGAUAUAUUUUUA